UUUUAUUUGAGUUUAUUUACUAGAUGACAGAUAUUCAUAAAAUAAAAGAAUAAUUUCGUGCAAUUAUUUAAGUUCCCUUGAAGCAAAAGAUAAUAAAAUUUAGCAAAAUAUUAUCCCACUAAGAUUCCAACUAUAGCUUAAUAUUAGCUACAAUGAAAUGCUAUCACAUUUCUUCAAUGAUAUGCCAAAGCUAUAACUUUUAUGAAUGUGGUUACAACUCAAUUCAAAUGUUUUAUUUUUGGAUUUUGACUCAACUCCCAAAUUUCAAUCACACAACCCUAAUUCCUUUCUCUAAUCCCUAAUUACUAUUCCAUCUAGCUUUCACCUUCCACCUUCCGGCACCGUCCUUCCUUCGUUUAGUUCUGUUUGGCAGUAUAUGGUACUUUUGAAAAAAUAUCCCAAGAAAAAAAAAAGUGUUUGACAGACCUCCAUCCCCUUUUCUUCUUCAAACGGCUCCGGCCUCGGCAAAGAUAAGUAUAAUAGUCAACCGGCACCGUCUGUGCUUCCUCUGUACAGUGUUUGCUUUCUUCAAAGCAGAUAUCAUAAGGAUGGUUGAAUUCUCAAUAAGUAAUGCUAGAUAUACUUACGUGCAUGAUCAGAAAUAUCCCUCUGAAGAUGUUGAUAUACACCAUAUAGUUCUGAAGAGGAGUGGUGCAAAAUAUUUUUGUGUGUAUGCCUCAGCACUUCUUGUGUUAGCAUGUGCCAUCUAUCUGUAUCUUCUUCAGGAAAAAUCUGUUAGUGUUGUGUAUUACAGCUUACUUUUUGACAUAUUUCUUGUCAAGCUGUUACUUCGGAAUCCUGUUAAUAAAGAGUCUGUCGUGAUUAUGCCAGCUUUUGGAGUACAGCUUGAGACUCACUAUAUGAGUGGAAAAGUCAUCAGAUGCUUUGUUCCCAUUGACAAGAUUCUAAAACCUGUUUUACUAGAGUGUGUGACUCCAGUGACUUGUUACUGGACUCUAUCCUUGAUUGUUCGUGAGGAAUCAGAAAUGGUGUUAGUUUUCAAGAACUUGCGACCGCCAGUUAAAAUGCUGGUCCAUGUCUGGAAGGCUUUGUGUGCUGCAACUGAUAAUAAAGAAGAGACUUGUACACAUACACAGUGAAUGAUGGACAGCUUUGAGUUCGUUAUACUCCCAGCGGGGAAUACUCUGGAUUCACAAGAAAAAACGAUUGCUAUGACUAAACUGGUUAUGAACUCAUUGAUAUGAUUUCAAGUUGAUAGUUUGGAAUGUAAUGGCCUAUUGACUAUAGGACUACUAGAGCAAUUGCCUUCGCAUUUCUCAGAUAGUGUCUUGUAACUAACAUAUAGUGCAGGUUCAGACAUGAUAAUGGUCAUAUCCUGGGUUGGUAACACUACUGUUUUGGAUUACUUGCUAAGAGAGGUUCUUUUCUUUUUGAAAGAAUUUCAUAAAGUGAAGGUAUUUCUAUGAAUUGGAUUUCAUAGAACAGAUAAACAUCUAAUGAUUUUAUAGUUCAUAAACAAUUUCAUUUUUAAAAAGGGUGACUUUUGUUUAGUUUUACUUUUGAAAAAACUUACAUGAGGGUUGAAUCUUGUAAAAA